GAAACAAUGACCAUAAAAAGUGAAAUGGAUACACGGAGAAUCAAAAGCGGUCUUUCUGCUCGUUCAGAAAAGUUUAAAUAUUUUAUUACAUUAAUGAAAGGUAAAACUUUUAAACCUGGUGAACCGUAUACCCAUCGUCUGAAUAAAAUUCUUGAUGAAUAUCCGGAUGGAUCUCAAAUCCUCCGAGAAAUUCUACAAAACUCUGAUGACUCUAAAAGCCGAUCACAACCCAUAUUGAAUGGAUAUAAUAAAGGCGACCUGAAAUUAGAUAGAUAUCAAGGCCCUGCUCUUUUGUCAAGAAAUGAUGCCAUUUUUGAGGAACGCGAUUUUGAUUCAUUAUUGAGAUUGGCUAAUAGUGAAAAGCGUGAUCAAUUUGAUAAAAUAGGAGCGAUGGGUGUGGGCUUUAAUUCUAUUUACCAUAUAACCGAUUCUCCUUCUUUCAUUACUGGUGAUCAAUAUGUUAUUCUUGACCCACAUUGUUGGUACUUCGAUGGUGGUGUUAGAUAUGAUUUUAUUGAUGAUAAUAUUGCUGUUGAUUGCCCUGACCAACUUACUCCAUUCAUUAAUCCGUUUGCCAUCCCGUGUAAUAAAAAAUUUAAUGGUACUCUUUUUCGUUAUCCUCUUCGUACAAUUCAAGAUGCUAAAGAUUCUGAAAUUUCUAAGAAUGAAUAUAAUCCAACUAAAAUAUUAAAAAUGUUUGACAAGUUUUAUGAAAAUGAAAGCAUUAAUUGUCUUCUUUUCUUGAAAUCUGUUGAAAGCAUCAAGUUUUUUGAACUAAAAGAAAAUGAGUCUGUUCCAAAGUUACUCUAUUCAAUAGAGAUUGUAAAUGCAAAACAAAUACGCAAGAAACGCUGUUUGAUUGCUGAAAAAAUUGUUUCUUUGAUGAAAGAACUUGGCGAAAAAAAACUUUCUGCUGAUACUACAUUGGAUUCUGUGUUUACUGUGACUUUUCGUCAACAAAAAGGUGAUGAAACACCACGAGAAAGUCAUUGGAUUAUAUUUUGUUGUCUUGGUGAUUUAAAUGCUGCUGCUGCUUAUUUCCAUGAAACUUUUAAAAGAAAAAUAAUUGAUUAUAAACUUAUUCCAAAUGUCGGAAUUGCCGUUCAGCUUAAUAACCCUGAAGCUAUUGGGAGAUUAUUUUGCUUUCUUCCUCUUCCAAUACUAAUGCCCUUUCGUAUCUCUGUACAUGGUCAUUUUGCUGUCAGCACAAAUAGACGUUCAUUAUGGUCCGCUACAGAUGGUGAAGAUUUGGCUGAAGGUACAUUGGCCAAGCUCAAAGUUUCAUGGAAUCAAUACCUUUUCAAUGUCAUUCUCCCACAAGCAUGGGCAAAGUUUUUAGUCCACCUUCCUAACGAAGCACCCGACAUCAAUGCAGAAGAAUUCUAUAGUUUUUGGCCAAUUAUUAAAGAAUCUGGUUCUGGAGGCUUCGUUAACAAUCAAGCCAAAAACCUCUUGCUAAACACUAUUGAAAAUUUUUCUAUUUCUGAUAAAGUUUUCCGUGGUCCUUCAAAAUCUUGCUCACUUGGAAACAUGUCUGGUAUAUUGCCUUCGUGUCAAAAGGUUUUCACCUUCCGUGAAACUAAGUUUCAUUUAUUCUCAAUCGAAAAUGGUUUCCUACCGGAUGAAUCCGUUCAUUCUGAUAUUUCAAAAAUUAUUGAAAACAUAGGAUUUCCUAUAAUAAAUAUUGAUCCUAAGGUAUAUGACGAGUUGAAAAAAUCUCGUCAUAAAGAUUCUUUAAAUAUUUGCUCUCCACAUGCCGUCAGAAUGUAUCUUCUUCAAAAUAAAUCAAAAUGGGAAAACAAAGAAAGAGAAGAUAUUAUAUCAUUGUUUGAAUAUGUACUUAGUGAUAAAAAUUAUGCUGAAUUAGAUGGCCUUACAAUGAUUCCACUAUCUGAUGAAACCUUUGGAACUAUUUCAUACGUGAAAAAAGUUUAUUUUGGAAUUAAAUCAAAAUCAGAAGAUUUUAUUGCUUAUAUUGGUCCUGACAAUAAUAAUUCAAUCGAUGAUAAUGAUGAGAGAAAAGUCUUUGUAAAUAGUUUAAACAAACUUGUUGAUAAAAAUAUUCCUUUAAAGUUAUGGAAUCUAUUAUAUGAAGGUGCUCAAGGGGGAUGGGAUCUCAACAUCAAAAUCCUUGUUCCAUCCAUAGUAUCAAACAUGAUCACAAAAGAGUUGAAUGGAUAUUCAGUUGGAAGCAAUGAGAUUCCAUUAGAUGAUUCUUGUAAUUGGAUUUAUAAGGUCUGGGCGAAUAUUAAAGAGAGAGACUAUGAUCUAACAGAAUUUGAGGAUAUUCAUUUAUUACCUACUAAUAGUGAUACUCUUAGAAAAUUAAAAACUAAUCAGAAAUGUUUUUGGAACAGUGUUAAUAAUAAACUUGAUAAUGAUGUGCAACCUCUAAUUGAGAGGUUUGGUAUCGUUUUUGUUGAUAAACAAUUUGAGAAACUUGUUACUUUUGACCGAUCAAAGAUGUCAAAGUACGUAGUUGGUCUUGAUAAUUUAACGGAGGUAUUGACUUGCUUAAGUGUAAUUACUACAUUUCCAAAAAAUGUCCAAAUAAAAUUACAAUUUCAAGAAGCAGAAAUAAUAGCUAAUUAUUUGCGCUGUUUAUCUCCUGACAAACCUAUUAACGAUGUUGUCAAAUAUCUUCCAAUUUUUUCCGAAAUUGGUAAAGAAGAACUUAUUGCACUUGAACCUAGUAAAAAAAAUUGGUAUUUGCUUCCAUCCGAAGACGAGAAAAAUUAUGGUCAUAUAAUUGCUCCAGAUGCAGAAGGAUUUAUUGAUGCAACAACACACAACAAAAGAUUUCUUUUGGAAAAUAUCAUAAAAGUUAAACGAUUGUCACAACAAGAGUACUGGACUAAGUUUGUGAUUCCAUAUUUGGGUAAUCAAAAGCUGGAAACUAUUGAAAUUGUUAUCAUAAGACUUUUUGAACGGUUACAACUUCUCCUUUCAGAAAAUCCAAGGCUAAAAUUUGUUUUAGAAAAUAUAGAAUUUAUACCAGCAACCACGAUUCUUAAUGCACAGAAAAAAGAGAUACAAAAAACUGAUAUUAAAUUAAAGAAACCUAUCGAUUUAUUUGAUCCUGAUAAUUAUUCCGUUUCAGAAUUAUUUUUUGAUGAUGAGUAUCUAUUUCCUGCCAAAAAUUUCUCUGAAAAGUUUCGAGACAACUUCUUGAUCUCAUUGAAAACGUUGGGGAUGAAACCAUAUCUUUCUUCACCUGAUAUUAUUCAACGAAUCAAUAUGUUUGCAAAUCGAAAGGAGAAAGAAAUUAAUAUUGUACAUCAAAAAUCUCUAAAACUAGUUAAAUAUAUUGAUAGGCAUUAUAAUAAACUUUUUGGAAAUAAUCAACGAUCACGAACUCCCAAUACCAAUGAACUUAUGUUGUUAUUGUUGCAAACCAGAGAAUGGGUUCCAACAGUUGAUUCCACUGGCAAGAAAAAAUUUUCAAGGGUAAACGAUUGCAGAAGUAUAGUGCAUAAAAAUUUGGUUGGACUAGUAAUGCCAAUUAUAGAAUAUACUUUUGAGAACAAAUCUUUUAUUAAAGAUAUGAAAUGGGAUUCUCGUCCACCUGUUAAUGCUGUUAUUAGGCAACUUGAUGCCUGUUCAUCCAUGGAAACGAUAAAUGAGAAUACUUUCAAAAUAUGUGAAGAAAUAUAUAAAUAUAUGAAUGGUGAGAUGAAUAAUUAUUUGUCGAAAUUUAAAGAAAGACUUAAAGACAAAAAAUGGAUCUUUUGCGAUGGCAAAUUUUAUUCUUCACAUAGGGUCGUGAUGGAACUUGAUAAAAACUUGGACAGUAAAACAUCAAUAAUUGUCGAACUUCCUUAUUCAUUUAAACCAUACAAAGAAUUAUUUAAAGAAAUGGGUGUUAGACAAAAAAUAGAUAUUCCUGACUUAAUGAACAUCAUAAAAGAAUUUCAUUCUAUUGAUACUAACUCUAACACUACAAAGACACUAUCGAACGAAGAAUUACACAAGGUGGUAUCGGUUAUUGAACUAAUUGUAAAUAGAAUUAAUGAACAAAAAACUAAUGAACAAAGCGACUCUUGUGAAAGUUUACAAGAUUUACUUGUACCAAGUACAGAUUGUCAAUUAGUGAAUUUAUAUGAUAUUUAUUAUGAUGAUAUGAAAGCAAGGUUAGAUGACAAUGAGAAAAAUGAAUUAAAAAUAGUUCAUUCAUUAAUAUCUUAUUCUGUUGCAAAAACUCUUGGGAUGAAAAUGCUUGCCGGGAAAUUUAUUGACUCUGGGGCAAAUAAUGAUUAUGGAGAAAUUUAUGAACAAAAUGAACAAUUAGCUGUUAGGAUACGUAAUAUCAUUGGGGAUUAUUCGCUUGGAUCAAUAUUUCCUGAAUUUCUACAGAAUGCUGAUGAUGCAGGAGCAAGGAAAAUUUUCUUCGUUAUUGAUGAUAGAGACAAUAGAAAAGCUAAUAGAUGGCCUUUUAAUUUGCUCAACAAAAGUUCCGACAAACAAAAUUCAUUGUUAUCUGAUGAAAUGAAUCAAUGGCAAGGUCCAGCUUUAUGGAUAUAUAAUGAUUCAGAAUUUACUCAACAUGAUUUUGAAUCCUUAAAAAAACUUGGCAUGGGAGGAAAGAGGAAUGAUAGAACAAAAAUAGGAAGAUUUGGAAUUGAAAAAUUUUUGCCGAAAACCGGAAAUCCACCUCGUAGUCCUCGUGGAACAAAAAUCAAUUUCAUUGAAAAAAAUUUCAGGAAACGAUUUGAGGACCAAGCAGCUCCAUACCUUGCAAUUUUUGAUUGUGAAUUUGAAAAGAAAUUUAAGGGUACUUUAUUUAGAUUACCACUACGAAUAACGCCAAGUGAAUUAUCAAAUCAAAUAAUAAAGACAAAGGAUCUCAAAACCCAAAUUUUUGAAAAUAUACAAGCAAAUCGUGAGAUGAUAUUUUUAAGGAAUAUUGAGCAAUGUAGUUUAUUUCAAAUGAAUAUAAUAGGUAAUAUAGAGUUAAUUUGGGAAACAAAAAUUCAAAAUAUGAAUGAUGAAAUUCGUAAACUUCGUAUUUCUCAUUCAUGGGAAGCAAGACUAUAUCAACUAGAAAUGGAAAUGUAUUGUAGGCAAAGUAGGUUUUAUAAAAACGGUAAAUGUUCAGAGAUUUGGCUAAUCUGUUCUGGUGGUAGUGAUUUGGUAGACAAAUCCAGAUUUAGGGAGAUUUCUAGAGAGAUUAACCUUUCAGCAAGAGGUAGUGUUGCCGCGUUAUUGUCUAUGGGAGACGGCAAAUCAUUGGAAGAACUUAAAGCUGAAAAGGGAAAGGUUUAUUCAUAUCUCUCACUUCCUAUGCAUACAUCUCUUGGCAUUCACAUCAAUGGAACAUUUUGUCUGUCCAGUGACAGAAAGAGUGUUUUACAAGCUGACGCUGAUUGUCUGUCCAGUGACAGAAAGAGUGUUCGACAAGCUGAUACUGGUCUCUUAACGGCUGAAACAAAGGAAGGAGAGUGGAAUAGAUAUAUUUUGUUAGAUGUAUUACCUCCACUACAUUCCAAACUUUUGGACCAUGUAGCUAAUCAUUUGAUGGCACCAUUUAAUAAUGAAAUGCUUUCGCGAUUAUGGCCAAUAACGUUUUCAACUACAGACAUAUACCGAGAAUAUGGUUUAAAUGUACUACGAGGAUUAUGUAUUAAAAGAUAUAAAGUUUUUUGGACUGAAGCGAAUGGAGGUGCACUGACUUCAUUAGAUAAGGCAUAUUUUGUGAACUCAAAUGAUUCAACUAUUGCAGAUAUUUUUAUUACUCACGGAAUGGAGAUCGUCAAAUUAUCUCAGGAUCAAAUGAGUCACCUUAAUCAGAUGUUUAAAAAAAUGCAAUACUCAUCUAUAAAUUCGAUUACUCCAAAAUUAGUUUGUAAUUGGCUUCGGUACAAUCCAAGUAUUCUGGACAGUGCAAGAGAAAAGUCGCAUGAAAUAGCGUUUCGAUUGUUAAACUUUAUUAUUCAAACCAAAGAUUAUAGCCAACUUUUUGGCUUACGAUUACUACCACUUUGUGAUAAAUCUUUAGGAACUUUUGGUUCACAGACAUAUUACGUUGCGGGACAGGAAAUACGGAAGUUAUUUCCUAAAGCACAAUCACAGUUUGUUGCUGAUCCACCUUUAGAUAUGCAAUGGAUUUUUAGAGACGUGAAUUUUCGUGCCGUGCUUAAAAUUAAAGAUUUAGCGUCAGAUAUAAAUGCCAUCAUAGACUUACUAAAAUAUGUUCUGCCACGUGAUAAAGAAAUCGAAUGGGAUCCUAAUGGAGUUCAGUAUCCAAAUAUCAAUUGGAUUUAUGAAAUAUUGAGACUAUUGUCAAAUUUCACAGAUCAAAAUACAAUGUCACCAUUUGAAUUUAAAAGAUUGGCAAGAUAUCCAAUUUUAUCAACAUGCAGACCUCAUUACAAACUCGUUUUACCAAACUUAUCAAGUCCUUUAUUGAUAUAUAAUUCAUUUCAUCAAAUGGUGCCAAUACUUGCAAAGUUUGGUGUUAGGUUUACAUCUAUGAAAUUGCCCGAUCUUUGUAAUCCAUAUAUUAAAGGAUGCAUCCAGCAACCAACUACUCAAAAUAUGAUUAAAGCUCUUGAAAGGGCUAUUGGAAUACCACCAGUACCAUUGAAACAACUAUUUUCUGACAAACUUGAUCAGGAUGAAUUUGAAAGGUUUAGAACAUUUAUUAAAACUGAAAUCAUCAAUAUUCAAAAAGGAAUCUUACCUCCACAAGAUAUUACUUUUUUUUCUAUUAAAGAAGAAACAAAUAUUUUUCUCGUAGAAUCUGAUUCAGACUUUAACGCGCUAUUUAAGUUAGGUGCUAAAUAUAUAUCACCGUUAGAAUAUGUUAAAGAGCAUCUGAAUCCACAAACCGUUAAAUUGGAUCAACAAUAUGUUGACUUCUUAAAAACAGUUCUGUCUUUAGAAAAAGGAGAAAUUGAAAAUUAUUUAUCACCACUUAAAAUAAUUCCAAAUUAUCACCUCACAGAACUUGUCAGAGCGAAUACUUUAUAUGAUAUGAAUGAAUCACUUUUUCGUAGAAUUUUUUGGAAUACUGAUAACCUUUUACAUCCUUCUUUACAAGUAAAUAGUAAAUGUUUAAAUGUUCUAAAAAGAAUGGGGCUAAGAUAUCAAGUAAAUUCUGUAACAUUCCUGGAAUGUGUACAUGAAAUUGAUUCAAGAAUAAAAAGGUUCCAAUCACAACAAUUAAAUGAUCAAAUUAACUUGGUAAAAUCAGAUGCAAGAUUUUUGAUGGAAUAUUUUUAUGAACAUUUGACAACCUUAUAUUUCACAGAUGAGCAAUGGUUAGAAUUGAUAUCGAUCAAAUUUGUACCAGUAGACACAGAUCUGGAAAGUCCAUUGAAGGAAACUACAGCUGGAAUAACAGAAUUUGAAUCAAUAAAUUCUAUGUGUUACCAAGAAUAUAAAUUACUUUGUUGGACACAGUGCCCAUUAUUUUCAAAAUCGAUAGAUCCACCAAAUGCAUUUAAAAACAGAUUUCCCAGUUUAUGUCAUCCUACAAUAAAUAUGAUUCUUGACAAUUUACAUUAUGUCGCGCUAGACAUAUCUCAGGCGGAAAAAGAUUCAUGGAAAUCACCAGAAGGAGUUCAAUUAAUUUUGGACAUUUUAAAGAAAACUUACAAGACAUUAGAACAUUGGGUUAAGACUCAAAUUUAUUGUACUAAUACUCAAGAUCGUAAUAACGUAAAUUGGACUAAUUCACAAAUUUUUAAUUCCAAAAUAAUAUCACGUUUACAAACGGAUGCAAAAAUAUUUUUGAAUGGUUAUGACCCAUUUAUCCCUGAAGAUUGGGUAGCAGGACAAAAUCUUGUAUUUGGUGCACAAGAAGACGUUAGAACUGGAUUACAUAAAGUUCAUGAAAAUUUGGAAGGAUUUAAAUUAUUAUUAAAAGUAGCCGGAGCUAGGGAAGUUAAAAAUAUUAAAUUCAAUGUAAAAACUCAAGAUUAUUCGCAAGCAAAUAAAUUACUUGGUAGACUUUUAGAAAGCUUUGAAAAACACGAUACAACAAUGCAUCAUGAUGUUGAGUUUCAAAUUCAUCAUGAAAAUGGGAUUGAGAAAAUCAAAGCUAAUCGAUAUGUUCUUUCAGCUGCUUCUGAACAUUUUGAAAGAUUAUUCUGUGGAAGUAUGAUGGAAGCUGCAGAAGAUCAAAGAGUAACCGUUGAUAUCCAAGAUAUUGAUCCUUCAGCAUUCCGUGUUCUAAUUCGUUGGUUAUAUGGUCAAAAACUUGAAGAAGCAAUUUCAGCAGUUUUUAAGGAUUCUAAAUGUUCUGACGUGUUCCUAGUUGAUUUGCUUAAAGCUUCAGAUCACUAUCAAAUUGAUCCACUCAAAGGUCAGGUUGAAGUAAAAAUAAUACAAGGUUCUUUUGUUAAUAUUGAUAAUGCAGUUGAAAUCAAUGAAUGGGCAAAAUUACUUCGAACAACACAACUUAACAAUUAUUGUGAACAAUAUAUAAGAGAGAAUAAGUCACUUGUAAUUGAAAAAAAGAUAGAUUCAUAA